UGUUCGAUGUUAAUACCCCCAAUUCAGUUACCACGCCUAUUCAACCAUAAGUUACUCCAUUAGGCACGUUAAAUCUCGGAGUUACCCACCAUCGAGGAAUUUCCUUUAUUCUUUUUCGGGAAUUCAGCGGACCAGAGCUGGGAAAAAGAUAAAAGCUUUACGUAUUUGCAGAACUCUCAGCGUGAAGGCAAGAAGACCUAGCUUGUCCGAAACUGCUCCAAACCCUAGCUAUGUCUUAUAUUGUACAGGCGCCUGCAUUUUUGGAUAGGAGAUGCUUUGUAGGGCACGUUGCUUGCAUCUUUCCCGUUGGUCGUAUGAACGGGAGAUGGAGUAGCAAUGCCUAUUAUGCACUAGGUAGGCGUGGAAUCAGCUGCAGAGUAAUCAAUGGUAGCCGUAAUAGUGUAGCAGGUUCAAGUAUCACAUCUUGGUUGCCGAUAGAUCCUGUCCCGCAGAGCGACGAUGCUGCCUAUGGCGGGUGGUCUCAUGGUGGAAUUACUAUUCAAACUGAAAAACGAAAAGGUUAUCCAUUUCUCAUCUUUAUUGGAGGAAGAAAACUGUUGGGAAUCAGUCUUGCUAUAUUGUUGUGCUUGACAUUCUUUAAAAAGGGGUUCAAGCCUCACUUAAAUGCUCCAGUUGCUGAGACUUAUCAGUUUUUUAAGCCACUAAUUGCAAGAUUUACUUCAGUUGGCCCUAUAAAAACUUUUAACUCUACCUCUGCUACUGAGAAGGCUAUUUCUAGCAUGUUAGAGGAUAAAAAUCAGAGAGAGAAGGAUAUUGAGUAUGAUUAUUCUGCUGCUAAUAAGGUUAUACCUAGAAACUCAGAGAAUAAAGAUCAAAGAGAAAGUAUUUCUGAGACUACUGAAACUGAGGUCAGCCAUGUGUCAGAAAAAAAGCUUUGGAGAAUGCUUAUUCCUGCUGUCAUUGAUUCUGCACAGUUAGAAGCAUUAUCGGAAUUGCAGAAGUUGAAGAUAGUAGAAUCACAUGUUCAGCCUGGUGAUCUAUGUACCAGACGGGAAUAUGCCCGAUGGCUUGUUUCUGCAAAUUCUGUAUUUGCAAGAAAUCCAAGUGACCGGGUGUUUCCUUCAGCAUAUGUUGAAGGUGUUACUGUACUUGCAUUUGAUGACAUAUCACAAGAAGAUCCCGAUUUUCCUUACAUUCAAGGUCUAGCAGAAGCAGGGGUUAUAUAUAGCAAGUUAUCUUUCAACAACCUAAAUUUUAGCAAUGACGACACAAAGCUGUGUCAUGCCUGGACCAUGUUUUACCCUGAGAACCAUUUGUCGCGAGUGGACCUUUUGAGCUGGAAAAUGUUUGCAGAACACAAGCAUCUACCAGAAGUUCACAGUACGACAUUAGAGAAGAAACCAGGAUUUUUGGAUGCUAAGCAAAUUCGUAUAGAUUCACUGUCUGCUGUUUAUAUGGAUACCUUGGCUGGAAAUAAAAGUGUUAUAGCAAAAGCAUUUGGAUAUAGCAGGCGAUUCCAGCCAAACAAGCCUGUUACUAAAGGCCAGGCGCUAAUUGCUAUCAGAAGUGGAAAAGUGGCAGCUAUGGUCUCAGAGGAGUUGUCUAGAGUUGAAGCUGAGAAUUCAGCGAAGGAAGCAGUUACGAAAGAAAUUUUAUCAGAGAUGGUAACAAGAGAGGAAAUAAAAACCUUCUGGGAUAAAGAACUGGGUCAGGCAAAACAACAGAGAAUAGAAGCAGAGAAAAUUUUGGACUCAGCAGUGUCAGAACUGAAGAGAGAGAAAGCCAAGGUUAAGAGUAAAAUGCCUAAGUUAAUUAGUGCCGAAGCAAUUUUAGAACUUCAACAUCAGUAUCAAUCAAAACUGAUGCAGGAGGCUUCUGAAAUACAGAAGUCUUUGUUAGAAGAGGAACAAAAUAUUCAGAUAGAGGAGGAGGAACUUGAAAAACUUAAUAAAGAGUCUCAAGCUGAAAUUGAAGCCUUGUCUGCAGGAAAUUCUUUAGUAGAAGCAGAGAAAAAGGCUAUAAUUCUUUCCAGGUUGUAUGUAGAGGAUGAAACAAGGAAAAUUCAAGCACAGAGUGAAAUCUUGAAAGAAGCUGUGAGCAGAUGGAAGUUUACUUCUUCUACAUGCUCUUGCUGGUGUCACCAGCAGGACGGGACCAAAGAAGAUGUACCAGAGGAGGGGAAAUCUUCUCAUGUAAGUUCACAUGAGUUUUUGCCUUGUAACAAACAUGGGGCGCCCAAUUCUUUUGAACAGAUCACUGUAAAAUCGAUUGGAGGUUUUGAGGAUGGAGCUCAAGAUCUUCAGAACGUUAUACUUUUUACUUUAAACAAAAAAGCAAACUAGGGGCAAAGAUUGUUGUCCUUAAUCUCUCCCCUGCUUAGCAACUGUAUGCCAAUUUUUUAGAGGUGGUGAUAGUUCUGCCGAAGCUAGAAUACAAUGGGGCAAUCUCUUGUCGGUUCCAUUCUUCAUUCAUUUUUUCAAAAACUGUGAACAUUUUGAAUUUUGAGUUUUAUAUCUCAGCCUUGGGCGUGUGAGGAUGUGUUGUAUCAAAAUCCUGUCUAUAAAUUUAGAAAUUUAAUUGUGAGUGAAGGAAUUAAAGAUUCUUC